AUAACAAAAGAGUUGGAGGAGUUUAAAGCGAGGCAGCCGAGAGGGAAGAGCAGCAGAACGACUGAUUACCUGAUUCCUGCAACAUGAGUCCUGCUCUGGUGCUGCUGGUCUCCUCUCUGCUGGUCUCAGUGGCCUCUCAGUCUCAGGACCACCACGACAUGGGCUGGGUCAACGGGUUUCGGCAGAGCUUCAACUUCCAGUGUCCCCACGGAGAGGUGCUGGUGGCCCUCAGGAGCUUCUACAGCGAGGCCGAUGGGAUGGACCGGCUGUGGUCCUUCGAGUGCCAGGCGACCCCCGAGGGCCUGGGGGAGCCCAGUGACUGCUGGUGGGACGACAUCAACCGAGGGGGCAUGGAGUGGUAUGCCUGUGGGCAUCAGUGCGGCCCCUCACAGGUAACCAGGUGUGUUGCUGCUGUCAUGGCAACCCUGCAGCUGCUUCCUGUCGCUGUGUUCGCUCUCCUGGUGUCGCUGGUGUCGUCUUCAGGAGACCAUGAGUGGCACUUUAACCCAGCCUGA